AACACUGGAGGCAGGCAGCCUCUGAACAGCUCUCAGAAGAUCAACGGCCCCCCUCCAUUCUGUGCCCCAAAGCUGUCUCUUCUGGUGGUGCCUAGGUGGGGGUAAUACCCCAAGGCGCCUCACUUGUCAAGACAUAAAUCAUGAACAACCUGAUCCUCUUGGAAGAAGAGCUCAUCAAGAAAUCCCAGCAAAAGAGAAGAACAUCUCCCUCCAACUUUAAAGUCCGCUUUUUCGUCCUCACCAAAACCAGCCUGGCAUACUUUGAGAACCGGCAAGGGAAAAAGCGCACACUGAAGGGCUCCAUCGAGCUCUCCCGGAUCAAAUGUGUGGAGAUUGUGAGGAGCGACAUCAGCAUCCCCUGCCACUAUAAAUACCCAUUCCAGGUUGUGCAUGACAACUACAUCCUGUACGUGUUUGCUCCUGACCGGGAGAGCCGGCAACGCUGGGUUCUAGCUCUUAAAGAAGAGACAAGGAACAACAACAGCUUGGUGCCCAAAUACCACCCUAACUUCUGGCUGGAUGGGCGGUGGCGGUGCUGUGCCCAGUUAGAGAAGCUUGCCAUGGGCUGUGCCCAGUAUGACCCCACCAAGAAUGCUUCAAAGAAGCCUCUUCCUCCUACUCCUGAAGACAAUCGGCGCUCCCUGCGGGAAAUUGAAGAGACACUGGUCAUCGCCCUGUAUGACUACCAAACCAGUGAUCCACAGGAGCUGGCACUGCGACGCAAUGAGGAGUACUACCUGCUGGACAGCUCUGAGAUCCACUGGUGGAGGGUCCAGGACAGGAAUGGGCAUGAAGGCUAUGUGCCAAGCAGUUACCUGGUGGAGAAAUCCCCUAAUAGCCUGGAAACCUAUGAGUGGUACAAUAAGAACAUUAGCCGUGACAAAGCUGAGAAACUACUUUUAGACACAGGGAAAGAAGGGGCCUUCAUGGUUCGAGACUCCAGGACUCCUGGGACAUACACCCUGUCAGUCUUCACCAAGGCCAUUGUGAGUGAGAACAACCCCUGCAUAAAGCACUAUCAUAUCAAAGAGACAAACGACAACCCCAAGCGCUACUAUGUGGCAGAGAAGUUUGUGUUUGAUUCUAUCCCUCUCCUCAUCAACUACCACCAGCAUAAUGGAGGAGGUCUAGUUACUCGACUUCGGUGCCCAGUUUCUUCCUGGAGGCAGAAAGCCCCAGUCACGGCAGGGCUGAGAUACGGGAAGUGGGUGAUCUGUCCCUCAGAGCUCACAUUUGUGCAGGAGAUUGGCAGUGGGCAGUUCGGGCUGGUGCACCUAGGCUAUUGGCUCAACAAGGACAAGGUGGCCAUCAAAACCAUCCAGGAAGGGGCAAUGUCAGAGGAGGACUUCAUCGAGGAGGCAGAGGUCAUGAUGAAACUCUCCCACCCCAAGCUGGUGCAGCUGUAUGGGGUGUGUCUGGAGCAGGCCCCCAUCUGCCUGGUGUUUGAAUUCAUGGAGCAUGGCUGUCUGUCAGAUUUCCUGCGAAACCAGCGUGGGCUCUUUGCAGCCAGCACACUCCUGGGCAUGUGCCUGGAUGUGUGUGAGGGCAUGGCUUACCUAGAGGAGGCCUGUGUCAUCCACAGAGACCUGGCUGCCAGGAACUGUUUAGUGGGAGAAAAUCAAGUCAUCAAAGUGUCUGACUUUGGGAUGACCAGGUUUGUCCUGGAUGAUCAGUACACCAGUUCCACAGGCACCAAAUUCCCAGUGAAGUGGGCAUCCCCAGAAGUCUUCUCUUUCAGUCGCUAUAGCAGCAAGUCAGACGUGUGGUCAUUUGGUGUGCUUAUGUGGGAAGUUUUCAGUGAAGGUAAAAUUCCCUAUGAAAACCGGAGCAACUCUGAGGUGGUGGAAGACAUUACAUCUGGAUUCCGGUUGUAUAAGCCCCGGCUGGCCUCUCUGCACAUCUACCAGGUCAUGAAUCACUGCUGGAAAGAGAAACCAGAAGACCGGCCACCUUUCUCCAUACUUCUGUGUCAACUAGCUGAAAUGGCAGAGUCAGGACUUUAGUGGAGACCCUACAGGGGGCAGGAACCCCUCCCUUGAAAAGCAUUAAAAGCUGUCACUGGUCCCUGAAGCUGCCAGGCAGUCAGGAACCCAGUCACUUGGGAGCUGGGGGCCUGAACAGCAGCCGCAAGUUUCUCCCCUCCCUCCAGCCUCUUGUCACCUAGGAUGCAUCAACCUCCAUCUGAUGCUUUGGGACAGCCCUUCCUGCACUUUUUCUUAAGAGCAACAGAGAGAAGAGACUUCAAGAAACCUACGUUCUCAUUCUGUUAUUUUAAACACACACCUAAAGUUUGUGAUCCAAGAACUUUCCAUUUGAACACUCAGGCACACACACACAUCCUGGACCUGGAGAGAAGAGGUGCCUGACUCUUUGGCAGUUUGCUGGCAAAUAACUUUGCAUCAGAAAGAACAAAUGAGCAAAGCCUCUGGGAGGCUGCCCACCACAACUUCCUGCCCAGGAAGCCUGAGGUGCAGUUGAGCCCAUAGGAGGCUGGAUAUUCUUAGAAGCAGUCUUAUUCUCAAGUUUCACUUAUAGAGAAUACCUUUCUCCCUGAAGGGGGCACAGGAACUGGGGCAAACAACCUAGGCCCCAUAGCUGGUGCUCUGAGUAUCUAGAAUGGGCCAGGAAGGAGCGUCUUUGGGAGGUUGGGGGACUGAUAUAAUGAAAGGUUUUAAUUUGUGACCACUCUGGUGCUCACCCCUGCUACCCAGCAAGGCAGGGCCUUAUCCCUCUUGUACAUAUACCUUCUGUACAGAACAUUCCACAGAGGCCCUAGAAGGGAAUAGUCACUCCUGAACUGACAAUUGGCCUGGGGGAGUGAGUCCAAGCUCUGGACAGUUCCACUUUCAUCAGAAGGGACACAGAGGCAUGUUGAUAGGUAUGUUUUUGUAGAGAAAUUGAAGUUUAUUAAACCCUGAGAGUCCUGUGAAGUAUAAGAGAGACAUCCAGAUCCCAGAAACCUAGGAGAGGAGCCAAGGACCUUCUAGAUGGAAAAUAGUCAGGCACCUGGUGGGAUCCUACUAAGGAGGUCAAGGGCUUCCAGGUACACAGGCAGGCAAAGAGAAAGCCUAUGAGGUCUAGGCUUUUCUGGCAGAAUCUCAGUUCACCCCAGUCCACACCACCCCUGUGAUAUUAGGUAUAUUGUCAUUCCCAUGAUACAAGUAAUGGAAGUAAGAUUUUUUUCUCCUUCUUCCUUUAUCAUUUUAUGGGGAGGUAAUGGUUUAUAGUACAGUUUUUGACACAUGGGUGCAAUUUCUCAUCUCCCCAUGACAGUUGUCUGGAAAACAGUCUCACCCCUGAGAGAACCAGUGUGGUUCCUUUUCCAUCAUAAUGUGUCAGAAACAUAAAUCCCACUCCCCCUCAACCCAUCCCCUCCCCCUCCUUACUCAGAGUUCUUUGCUUUGAUACAACACAACACACCCAGCCCAACUGGAAGUGAGGGUUUAAGAAGUGAAGCCACCUACCUUCAGUGGCAGAGCAAGGAAGUAUGGAAGGAGGAUUCUAGCACACACCUGACUCCAGGCAUUUUCUUGAUUCCUAUUCAACACUGCCUUCUGUCAAGGGGGAAAAGAUUGCAGGGAAAUACUGGACCAGAGUGGGGAGGCAGAGAAAGCCAUGGCAGCACCAAGGAAGGAGACCCUUUCUUAGAGCAUAAUGGAGGCAGCAUUGCUCCAACUCAAGAUGGAAGCUUCCAAUUUCACACCAGCAAUCUCACCAUAGUCAGAUCUAAUAGCACUGAAGUCAUGUGAUUAAGGAGUCCUAUGGUUCACCCAAUCCACUGAAGCCCUUUACAGAUGAACUUCAAAGUGGCUGUAAACAAAUCUGCAGAAGGAGAAAUUUUUCAUUGUCAUCAUCAAUCCAUUUUUGGUCGACUGCAGUCUUCAUGGACACCCUGCGGGAAAGGGAAUUCCCAGAUGAACAAAAGACUGAAUUUUCAAGCAGUGUUAAGACAAAAUUCUCAAAUAACAGUGAAACUGGCACUUUCUACAUAAUAUGAUAUUUUCACUAGCUGGAGAUUCCGAUGCAUGGCUUAGUCCAGUAAUGAUUGUGAAACUGGGAGCCCCAAGCUACAGCUCUCAUUCAGAACACAGUCUUGUCCACUGGAUUCCAAAUUAAUCAUACUUUUUUACUUUUUUGAUCUCUUGGACAUUUCCUUUUGAAAUCAUUAAGUGAUUGCUGAAAUCACCAAUGGAAAAUGUUGAGAAGAACUACUCUGAUUUAGAAAAUUUCCUCUUGUAUGGUUUUGUCUAAUCUGGGACUUGGCUGACUAUAUGUCUUGAACCCAGUUCCCUGUGCCCUGCCUGAGAAACAGGCUCCCUUCUCCCCUCCCCCCCCACAUUUUGAACAUGGUGCCAUGUUUCCAUAGGGAAUUACCAUACAGGGGGCUCAGCUGGAACUGCGUUUAUAGAAUUUGCAUUUCAUAUCUCUUGAGACUUUGUAUUUAUGUUUGAAUUGAUUGAAUAUUUAUUAGUGUAUGUACAGUCAUUGCUAGUGUUCACAGAAUAUUAGCUGUCUCUAACCCUUUGUGAAAGACACACAGUAAAAGGCUGAGUCUAGCCAAAAAAAAAAAAAAAACACAGCAGUGUGUGCUAGUGAUUAUGGUAUGUAUGGCCUGGGUUCUGUCUUUAACCUCAUGUCAAUCAACAAAAUCCCUUAAGUGAAAUGGCUACAUGGUUUCAAGUCCUACAGGCAAGUCAAGACCAGGUACACAGAUCCUUCAACAGCAAAUAAACAGCAAGUGCUUCCUGUACACUGUGUUGAGUGCUGCAGAAGCAAAGAAGAAAAAG